AUGAACCCUCGGGGCCUGCUGGCCGUCCUCACCUGCGCGAUCUGGUCAGCGGUGGCCACAGCACGCCCCAGCCCCGCAGAGCAGAGCAAUCACGGCAGUUUCAUCAACCGCAAUGACCCAGACCCGCUGUGGCAGAAGUACGGGCUGAACAAGUCAGACGAGUUUAAAUAUUUCCAUGAGCCCGGUCGUGAUGAUACCCUGGGCCACUAUGACUCGCGGUUCUUCCAGGGGGAGCCGGUUCCGGACGCGGAGCGAUCUAUCACAUUGACACAUAUGAUCCGAGCAUAUCUGAACUUCUUCGAGGAUAAUGGACUGGAAACAUGGAUUGCGCAUGGAACAUUGCUGGGAUGGUGGUGGAAUGGCAAGAUCAUGCCCUGGGACUGGGACAUCGACACUCAAGUCAUGGAUACCACAUUAUUCCAUCUCGCCGACCACUUCAACCAGACUGUUGUACAGUAUACCACUACCGACCCCGACGUCGAGCGCCGGUACCUCCUGGAUAUAAACCCGUGGGCGCGUCAACGUGAUCGCGGCAUGGGACUGAAUAUAAUCGAUGCGCGCUGGAUCGACAUCACCACGGGGCUAUACAUCGAUAUCACAGGGCUGAGUCGACUGACGGCCGAGAAGCCCACAGAAUGGGAGUGCAAAAAUGGGCACAAAUAUCAGACACACGAUAUAUACCCACUGCGGAGAUCGACGUUUGAGGGCGUGCCAGCCAAGGUGCCCUUUAGGUACGAUGGAGUGCUAACAGAGGAGUAUACAAAGAAAGCGUUGACCCAAACGCAAUUUCACAAUCAUACGUGGGAUCCGGAACUCGAAGAGUGGGUGCUGGAUGUGCCGGCCACAAUGGACGACCGGCAGUAUGAGUGA